UUAAAUGUCUCGAGAGCAGCGGUUUGUCAUGAUUCGUGCUGAGACAACAACACUGUGUACCGGUUGAGCAUUAGCUACAUAUUGUAGUUUUGUAGUUCACUGUUAUUGAGAGAGCGAACGAGAGAGAGACAGAGAGAGAAAGAGAGAAAGAAAGAAAGAAAGAGGAUAUAUUCGUAAAACACUGGUUGCGUUGGAUGAAACGCACUGUGAGGAUUUAACCGUUAUUUCGCGGAAUAUUUGGAUUUUACUUAGUUUACAAGUUUUCUCUGGGAGUCACAACGGCAGCCAUAAUGCCGCCGGUGUUACCCGCGUCCUGCGGUAACUAUGACUACGACUAUGACACGGUGCAGCCCUACUUCUUCGUGGAUGGCGAGGAGGAGGACUUCUACCUGCCCCCCCGCAGCCAGCUCCUCCCGGGCCCCGGCGAGGACAUCUGGAAGAAGUUUGAGCUCCUGCCGACCCCCCCUCUGUCGCCGAGCCGGAGACCGUCCCUCUCGGACGCCACGCUGUCCGCCGCGGAGCACCUGGAGGCGGUGUCGGAGCUGCUGGGUGAGCGCUGCGGGCCCUCGGCCGCCUUCCUCCAGUCCUUCAUCAUCCAGGACUGCAUGUGGAGCAGCAGCUUCGCCGCCGCCACCAAGCUGGAGAAGGCCGUGUCCGAGAGGCUGGCGUCGCUACGAGCACGCCAGAACUCCUCCGGGACCGACAGCGCUAACGGCGCCGCGGACGGAGAGGCUGAUCAGCAGGUGAGCAGCUCUCGGGUGAACCCGGGGUACCUGCAGGACCUCCACACGGCGCCGACGGACUGCAUCGACCCCUCGGUGGUGUUCCCGUUCACCAGCCUGCGAGAGAAGAGCGGCCGAGGAGCAGCGACGGAGGUAGAGUCAGAGCUGUGUCUGGACUCGCCGCCUCUCACCAGCAGCGACAGCGAAUCAGAAGAAGAAGAAGAAGAAGAAGAAGAAGCAGAAGAAAAAGACAGCGAGGAAGACGAGAUCGACGUGGUGACGGUUGACCGGCGGCGGAGGGCGUCGCGGCGCUCCCACGCCGGCCGCGUCCCGGACACCUCGGCGCCGCUGGUCCUGAAGCGCUGUCACGUCAACUUCCACCAGCACAACUACGCCGCCCAGCAGCCCUCGCCAGCGCCAGCUCUCCGACCGGCUCCCGGCAAACGGAUGAAGUCGGAGAGCAGCGGCGGCGGCUCUAGCCCGUCUCCGAGUCCUCGCUCGGACAGCGGCUCGGACGACGGCGCCAAACGCAGGACUCACAACGUGCUGGAGAGGCAGCGCCGCAACGAGCUGAAGAUGAGCUUCGUGGCCCUGAGGGACGAGGUCCCCGCGGUGGCCGGCAACGACAAGGCCGCCAAAGUGGCGAUCCUGAAAACGGCGACCGAGUUCAUCUUCGAGAUCCGAGAGGACGAGAGGAGGCUGGUCGCCGCGAAGGACGCGCUGAGGAAGAGGAGCAGAGAGCUCAGACACAGACUGAAGCAACUGAGGAAGUCACAUUAACACUUAACGCUGGUUUAUUUUUAUUUUUUUACGUUUUUGUCACGUUUUUUUCAUGUCGGGGACUGACUAAUUGUGUUAAUCAUUUCACCGAAGUGCUGACUCGUGUAAGAUGAACUACAAGAACCAUAACUCACUGACCGCCCCCCCUGAGUCGGUUGUGGUCGACUAAUCGGCCGUUUUUCUUUCAGUUAGGGAUGCACCGAAUCUACAUUUUUUUCAAGGUUUGGCUGAAAACCGAAUCCACCAGGGCUGUGUGCUCGAUUGAAGAACUUCUCAGUCGACUAACGUUCGUUCAAUCACAUCGACUAAUCGAUUAGUUGAUUUAAUCGACAGAUCUGUAAAUCUGAGUUUCUCCGCAAAAGCACCACUUUAAUUCUUGUGUUUACCAGAGAUGAGCUCGUACGUUUCUUGGAAAUAAGUCAUUC